AUGCUGACAUCGGCCGUAAACCUCAUCAACACCGCGCGCUGCGCUGGCCAGGCUAUGCGCCUGACUGAAAAUGACAUCGCGUUCAGCGCCGCAUCGACUUUGGGUGCGGUUGUCAAAGAAAAGGUGGCAGCACUGCUUGGGGUGCCUACCAUGUUCAACGCCGAGUUCCGAAUACUCGAAGCGAAGAGGUAUUGUAUCACCACGCUGCGGACAGGUCUGGCCGCUGGGUCUCCCGUUCCACCGUCCCUGGUGAGGAGUAUGAAAAGGGAGAGGGGUGUUAUGGGUAUGCUGAUCAGCUUUGGUAUGACGGAAAUCAGCCCUGUUACCUUCAUGAUGUCGUUGGACGGUAGCGAGGAGACCAUGUCGACCGCCAUAGGCAGGGUUCUGCCACAUACGCGGACUAAGGUCGUUGAUCCCGAGGGCAACACUGCUCUGGUCGGACAGAAAGGUCUGCAGAACAAGUGGCCCAUGCCGGUCAACUCUUGCUUCAGCAACCGUGGCGGCAGCAACUGGAGCGGUUUCACCAACGACGCCGUAACCAGCUUCCGCAUCAGCGGUGGCUGCUGCCGCUUCUACAAAGACGCCGACUGCCAAGGCGGUCCGAUGUUCACCGAGUGUAACAUCGACGUCCCCAGCAUCCACGACCGAUAUGGUCAGUUCAACGACCAGCUGAGCAGCGUUUUCUGCUACUAG